AUGCAAGGCGCAAGACCCCCAGUAGAAGACCAGGAUAUGCAGGCCAUUUGGGACGGCUUUGUUCAAUGCAGCGGUUUCUGUGGGUAUAGAUGGCAAAGUACAGCAAAGAUUGCAUUGCGUUGGCAGAAGCGGGUUGUGACUUUUGCGCGAAGACACGAAGACACGCGAAGACAUGAAGAGGCUUCAGGUCGUCACCAGGCUUCAGGUCGUCAGCAGGGUUUCAAGGCUUCAAGGCUUCAUGUCUUCAGAGGAAAGUCACCCGGGAUUGCCAACACACUGAAAAAUUGCCAGGAUUUUGACCUUGUUCAACGGUCCUAG